UCUUAAUUGAUUUUGUCAUGUCACCUUUAAACUUUGGACUAUUUUAUAUUACAUUUUUAUCAACCCAGCAUGAUAAAAUGUACUGUAAUCUAUUAAUCACAAGCAUUUUGACAUUGCUUAAGAUCAGGCCACAUUAGAUUUAUUUGUAGAAAAAUGACCAUAUUCAAGUCAGAUGGAUAUAAGCCAUCAGGAAAUCUGAUUUGGAAGCCAUUUAAAACAGAAAAUAUAAAGGCACAGUCAAAAAUAAAGUAUGACAAAUUAAAUAGUGGAGUGUAUCAAAUAAACUUAGAGAGGCAUCAACCCCGUCCGUCAAAGUGCAUAAAAGCUUUGAAUAAAUUUACCAAAUUCAUCGGCUGGGCUCUAGUUCUUUGUGCACUUGGCUGUGUUGGUUUGGUAAUCUAUUCAUCAUUCAUCAAACAUAAAUUACAAAAUGCUUCUGCUGACCAGUGCAGUGUUGAUGAGAACAACAGGUUUGACUGCUGGCCAGAGAAACAAGGGGCAACAGAACAGGCUUGUUUGAGUAGAGGAUGCUGCUGGAAAGCUUCAAGUGUACCAAACACUGCCCCUUAUUGCUUCUUCCCUGCCAAUUACAAUGGUUAUAAUGCUACAGAAGUUACUGUAACAACAAAUGGCAUUGAUGCCACUCUAGUACGAACAACUAGUACCUUUUUUUCUCCAGAUGUUAAAACAAUAAAGCUAAGAGUAGACUUUCAAAAUGAUUAUAGACUCAGAGUUAAGUUCUAUGACCCUAGUUAUUCAAGAUAUGAAGUUCCUUUAGAUGUGCCAACUGGCUCUAGCAGUGUUCUUAACCCUCUGUACAAUGUCACUAUUCUAAAAGAGCCUUUCAACAUAAUUAUUACAAGAGUAUCUACAGGUGCUACAAUAUUUGACACAACCAAUACGGCACCUUUAAUCUUCUCUGACCAGUACCUACAGAUUGCUACAAAGUUGGCCACAAAAUUUCUCUAUGGUCUUGGAGAACAUCGCAGCUCAUUCCUACAGGAUGUAAACACAUGGAAGAGACUUGUUUUUUGGAACAGGGAUGAUGUACCUAAGGUGAAUAACAAUGGAUAUGGAACUCAUCCAUUUUUCUUAAAUUUAGAAUCUACUGGUGGAGGUGAUGCCCAUGGAGUCUUUUUGCUAAACAGUAAUGCUGGAGAAAUAGCUCUUCAACCCUUUGGCCCAAGCCAGAAUGGUGCAGUGACCUAUCGAAUGCUUGGUGGUGUGCUUGACUUUUUUAUAACCUUGGGACCCAAGCCUCUUUCAGUUAUUUCACAAUACAGUGAAAUUGUUGGCCGGACAUAUUUCCCACCAUUCUGGUCACUGGGAUUUCAUAUUUGUAAAUAUGGGAUAAGUAACUCCACUGUUCUACGAGAUAUCAUACAAAGGAAUCGUGACACUCAAAUGCCUUAUGACAUUCAGUGGACAGAUAUUGACUAUAUGGAUGCCAGAAAGGAUUGGACUUAUGACAAGAAUAAGUUUGCUGGACUACCAGACAUUGUUAAAGAUCUUCAUAAUAACCAACAAAGAUAUAUCUUAAUGGCUGAUCCAGCAAUAUCAAGUGAUCAGCCACCUGGUAGUUAUCCCCCUUUUGAUGAUGGCAAGCAGUUGGAUGUUUUUGUGAAAAAUGCCUCUGGAGACAUUCUUAUUGGCUCGGUUUGGCCAGGAAAGACAGCUUUUCCAGAUUUUUUCCAUCCUAAUGCACUGCAGUAUUGGUUUAAACAGGCAAAUGACUUUCAUGGAGUUCUUGACUAUGAUGGACUUUGGAUUGAUAUGAAUGAGCCUUCAAGUUUUGUUGAUGGCUCUGUCACAGGUUGCACAUCAUCUACUUUAGACAAUCCCCCAUUUGUACCAGCUACUAUUGAUGGAGGAAGUCUCAUUUCAAAAACAAUAUGUCCCUCAGCACAACAUUAUAUAUCAAGUCACUAUAAUUUACAUAACAUGUAUGGCUGGUCGCAGGCCAAUAUAACCAGAGCUGUUCUAUCAAAAGUUUUCCCUAACAAGAGAUCUCCAAUCAUAAGUCGCUCCAGCUAUGCAGGAAGUGCAAAAUACACUGGUCAUUGGCUGGGGGAUAAUAAUUCUGAUUUUGAUGACCUCUAUUAUUCUAUUCCAGGAAUUUUAAACUUUAAUUUGUUUGGAGUUACGUUUAUUGGUGCAGACAUUUGUGGUUUUAGAGGAGUGACCACCCCUGAGCUUUGUACUAGGUGGAUGCAACUUGGUGCAUUUUAUACAUUUAUGAGGAACCAUGCUGACAUUUCUUCACCAGCUCAAGAUCCUGGUUCAUUUCAAGAUCCAUAUAAAACUUACAUGAGAGGUGCACUCCAACUCAGAUAUAGAUUACUUGCUGUUCUUUACACUGGUCUCUUUAGAGCUCAUGUGGAUGGUCUGCCAGUCAUUAGACCACUUUUUUAUAUCUAUCCUGGCACGGAGACUAUUGAUAAACAGUUUAUGUGGGGAGAUUCACUUAUGGUUAUACCAGUUUUAGAUGAUGGUGUGAGAUUAGUAAAUGGUUUCAUCCCUAAUGAUAAGUGGUAUGACUUCUUUACUGGUGCUGCAAUCUCAGCAAGGGGAGAGUAUUUAACUCUGAAUGCUCCUUUGGAUACCAUAAAUGUGCUUGUUCGUGGUGGCUCCAUUUUACCUUUAUUGCCUUCCACUGAACGCACAGAUGUUUCGCGGCAGCAAAAAUUCCAAAUACUUGUAUCUAUUAGUGAUAGCAACACAGCUUCUGGUGAAUUGUUUUGGGAUGAUGGAGAAAGCUCUGAUAGUAUCACGUCUAAUAAAUAUUCCCUUGUUUCUUUCACUCUACUUUCCAAUAACACACUAGUCAAUCGUGUCAUUCAGUCUGGCUACAAUCCAUUUCAAGGAAUCAAAGCAAAUAACUUUGUCAUUAAUGGAGUGCUUAAGUCACCUUCAAAUGUAUAUGUUAGUGGAAAUCAAGUUGCAUUCGGCUAUAAUGCAGAUACUAAGGUGUUAUCUGCCUUUAAUCUGGAUGUUGACUUGCUGCAAGUUUUCACUUUCACAUGGAACUAGAUAGCAACUUGGAUUACCUGUUCCAGUGUGUUAAAAAGUUUUUUUUUCUUUUUUUACUUUAAAAGAAGUUUUGUUAUACUUUCUGUAGGACUCAAUUUUUAGAAAGCUUAUAUCAACUCACUCUGUCUGUCUGGUAAAAAGUUUGUACAUUUUUUUUUUUGACACCCAUAUCAAGCUGAAAUUUCGCAAAAUUAUUUGUUUUACUUGACAAAAGAAUCAAUAAAGAAAAUAAACCAAUUAGUUGAUUAAUUAUUGGUAAUUAAUUACUUUGUUUAGUAUCUUAAUCAAGGGAAAGAAAUUGUACUUGACUGAAGUGGUAGUAUAAGCUGAAUUAGUCCCAUUUAUGGGUCACCAUUUAAAAUUAGUUUGAAACAAAUAAUACAUAACUAUACAAUCUUCUAUAGUCAUAGGCACCUCCCUAGCAGAGUGGUUAGAAUGUCGGCUUGAGGAGACGUAAGCCAUGAGUUUGAAUUCAGGUCCUCCCCUUUUUUUUGUAAAUGCUUUUAAAAACCUUUAAAAACUUUGUAUAGGCUUUGUUUGUUUUUUAAAGAAUUUUUUAAUAUUUUUCUUGUUUUAUAUGUACAUUUCAGGAAAAAUAUUUUUAGCAAUUUCUUACCAUGUGCUUUGAUUGAUUUUUUUUCCUCAGUUAUUGAAAUACUUGUAUUAAGUUCUACACAUUUUCAUUUCAUCCACUGUUACUUUUUUUUUUUUUUUUUCUCAAAUAUCACCUGAAUAAAUUAUUAUAACAUUGCAAUUUCAUAGCUAUCAUACACAUAACUUUGGAUUAUUAUAUAUUAUCUCAUUAAUUCAUAAAAUUACUUUAUUAAUGUAUUCAUAAAGCGCCUUAAGACUUAUAUCUGUUUGCAACACGAGUCAAGCAAAUUGGUUACUUUAUUUUACCAGUUGUCUUUCAAUUUUUUUUUAAACAAAUAAGAAUUCAGAGCUAAUUGUAGGUAUCAUUUUAAAGGCAGAGGCUUACUAAACUACUAAACCUGUUAUGAACCAUUAUGGAAAUUUCUAAAUUAGUAUUUGUUCUUUCUGAAUUUUUUAAUGAAAUCUGUUAAUUUUGAUUGUAUACUAAUCGAUUAAUUAAAGGUUUUAAUAUUAAGGAAUAAUUUCUUAAAUAAUUUCCAGAAUAAGCCUACAGUUCUUUCUUUACUGGCAAUAACAAUUUAGAUAUUUAGUUUUUUGUAAUGCUGUAUAUAAAUCUACCUCUUACAGAGGUAUGUAUUUUGUACAUGAAUUAAUUUCUAUGUUUUUAUGUCUUUCUAUACAAAUAUUUUUAUGUCUUUCUAAAAAAAUAUAAUCAUACAAGAAAAUAGAAUUGCAUGCAAUUACAGCUUUGGUUCUUAUUUGUUUGUAUAUGGAAUUACCAAUGGUUUUUGUAUUGCCACAAUUGCCAAGUUUAGUCAUUAAACCUGAAACUUAGAUUUGGACAAAUAUAAACAAAAUUUUAAAGCAGUCAAAGCAUGAUGAAAUGCCCUCACAGAUUCUUCUUUUUAAAACUGGAGCUGAAAUAAACAGGAAAAUUGUUUUAAAUGUGCAACUAUUAUUUUGCUGCACUUACAAAUAGGUAUUACAAAAUGUUCAUUGUACACUUGUAAGACUGAAAACUUUGUUCAUUUAGCUAUAGAUGACUAUUUUGACCCAAUAGAACAUAAUCAUCUUUUUUUAGUAACAUCUCUAUUUUAUAAUAUAAGAUAAUAGUAUAUAUUUCUGUUAUUAUAUUAAACACAGUAUUGAAUCACAAAGGUUUUGAAACCUUUUCUACAAAAAUAUCACUCAGAUGCCCCAUUGUUGUCCUUCAUGGCCCAAGACUUCUUUAGCAUGAUUCGGUCAUUGUAGCUGUUUUCAAAGAAUGUUCUUCUUUUACAGCACUGCUUAUUGUAGAUUUGACAAACAAAAAAUCUUCUACCUCUAGAAGUUGACAUAGGCUGUAAAGCCAAAUCUGUAAGGGAUAUUUUAAAUUUCCAGAUGAAAAGCAGAAAGUUUCUGCUGACAACAGUUAUCAAACUCAUUGAAAAAUCUUCAUUGAAAAAUGCUAUUGUCCAGAGUUUAAAAUGGCAAAAGCCCAAAUACCCUUUGCAAGAUUUUGAAGGCUUCUUAAAUGAUUUAUAUGCCACUUUGAGCAUCUUGGUUCUGCUUGGCCAUAUCAGUGCAGAUUACUGUGAUAGCAUCAAAUCUGAAUUUACUCAAUGGCAGUUCCAUUUGAACCACAAGUUCUGCUGCAUUCCAGUCCUUCAGUCUCACCUCUGAUAGUCUGGAUAUUUUUUUUUAACCAGCAUGUGAAUACUGAAUUUUCUAAACUCUGGACAGUGAUGAAAGGAAUUGUGUUAAUUUAAUUUAAUUAUUAAACCUAAAUUGCACCAAC